GCAGCCAGGGGCCGGGCUCCAUGGGCGCGGAGCUGCCUGGCUCCGAGCGACCUCUUCUUAAGAACAUGAAGUAGUGGCUCUUUUUUUUUUACUACACGGAGUUGCCAACGUUUGUGCGAUUUGCGGUCCAACUGUGCUGCGGCGAUCACCAUUUAUUUUCACUAUUAUUAUUUUUUUCUCGGGAUUUUUUUUUUGGGAAAAAAAAUCCCCCCCCCCCCCCCCGUGUGUGUGUGUGUGAUGUUGGACAUGGGAGAUAAGAAAGAAGUGAAGAUGAUCCCCAAGUCGUCGUUCAGCAUAAACAGCCUGGUGCCCGAAGCGGUGCAGAAUGACAGCCGCCAGCGCGCUGGCCCUGAGCACGAUGACAAGCCGGGCUUGCCAGCUCUCGACACCAAGCCCGAGAUCGCCGGCGGCAAAAGCGAGAGCAGCUCGGCGGAGCCACCCGGCUCGGACGACAAGGACAAGCCCGAGGAGAAGAAGGCCGACGGCAAGGAGUCAGACGCCGGCAAGGAGGGCGAGAAGAAGAACGGCAAAUACGAGAAGCCCCCGUUCAGCUACAACGCCCUGAUCAUGAUGGCCAUCCGCCAGAGCCCCGAGAAGCGGCUCACCCUCAACGGCAUCUACGAGUUCAUCAUGAAGAACUUCCCGUACUACCGGGAGAACAAGCAGGGCUGGCAGAACUCCAUCCGGCACAACCUCAGCCUGAACAAGUGCUUCGUCAAGGUGCCCAGGCACUACGACGACCCCGGGAAGGGCAAUUACUGGAUGCUGGACCCGUCGAGCGACGACGUCUUCAUAGGCGGCACCACGGGCAAACUGCGCCGGAGAUCCACCACCUCGCGGGCCAAGUUAGCUUUCAAGCGGGGAGCGCGCCUCACCUCCACCGGCCUGACUUUCAUGGACAGGGCAGGUUCCUUAUAUUGGCCGGUCUCGCCAUUCCUGUCCCUCCAUCACCCCCGAGCCAGCAGUACCUUGAGUUAUAAUGGAACCACCUCACCUUAUCCCAGCCACCCGAUGUCCUACAGCUCGGUGUUAACUCAGAACUCUCUGGCAAACAACCACUCUUUUCCAACAUCAAAUGGCUUAAGUGUAGAUAGACUUGUGAACGGAGAAAUUCCUUAUGCCACCCACCACCUCACGGCUGCAGCCGCCUUGGCUGCCUCGGUGCCGUGCGGUUUAUCUGUUCCAUGCUCGGGCACGUAUUCGUUAAAUCCUUGCUCGGUAAACCUUCUGGCAGGACAGACAAGUUACUUUUUCCCCCAUGUUCCUCACCCUUCAAUGACUUCUCAAAGCAGCACUUCAAUGACGGCUAGGACAGCGUCCUCUACGUCUCCACAGGCGCCUUCUACUCUCCCCUGUGAGUCUCUAAGACCUUCUUUGCCAAGUUUCUCCACAGGACUUUCUGGAGGACUUUCUGACUACUUCACACAUCAAAACCAGGGGCCCUCUUCAAACCCUCUAAUACACUAACAAAUCCCUUCGAAAAGACUGUAAGUUGACAUUUUACACACAUUUGCGUUGUAAAUAAUUCUCAAAAGAAGCCCAGGUAUUUUUAUUCAAGUCCCCAUUUUUGUCUGCAUUUUGUCAAAUCCCGUAGGAUUGUUUGUUUAUUCAGUUUCAGCAAUGUGCAAUUUGAGGCGGUUUAGAUAGGAAACCAUGAGUUAAAUUAAUGUAGACUGUGUAUUUAAAAUGACUACAUUCCAACUAAGUUUAAAUUAGGCAGGUCUGAAACAACUGUUCCACCAGAAUUUCAUAUUUACAGUAUUAGAAGUUAUCUUUUUCUGGUGGCUGCUGAUCUCAAUAUUGGCGGAAACAUUUUACACUCGAAAUAAUCAAAAUUGAACACUUGAUUUGUACUGUAUUUGGUAACCUUACUUAAAACAUGCCUAACCUUCGGUCAUUUUUUUUCCCAUUUGGUUACAAAAUGGUUCAUGUUUACGUUGAGACCAAAGACGGGGCUAGAAAUGCACUCCUUGUUUAAACGAACAAGUACUUUGAAAAUAAUUCCUAUUUUCCAGUUUACAACACUGCCUGCAAAAGAAUCAGAAGGGGACAAAAUUGAUGAUUGCCUUUAGUUUGUGUUGUGCAUAAUUCGAUGUAUGUGGUCACUAACAGGUCCCUUUUCAUUUCUUUCUGUAACUGUAGUGAAAUGUGUAAACCUAUUGUACUUAAAGGAUAAAUCUUGCGGACGUGUAACUUGUGUUGCUUAAAUGCCUCAUAAAUUCCUUGAGUGAUUGUUAAUGUCGUCUCUAAAUUUCAUGAUUGUGAUAUUGUGAUCAUAUGCCCGUGUUGUCACUUAAAAUGUUUACUAUACAGAAGGCACCGAAAUAAAAAAAAUAGGUUACAUUCAGAA